AUGAGCUGCGACAGCCUGCCGGUGCUGGGGGACACCGAGGUGCUCUGCAUGGGAUACAACCGCACGGAAGCCACCACCCUACCGCCUUUCUUCGGGAAGCCCACGCACCCAGCCAAGGACACGGCCAAAAAUCUGACGCCGCUCGGCGGGCAGCGCCCCUCGGGGCUGGACUGCACCCGGACUUGCAAGUGCAAAGCGCCCCUAGUCCCCAUCUCCAAGGAGUCCCAUCCACUGUACAACCGCAUCAGGACUGGGCAGGUACCCAACUGCGCCAUCCCUUGCUACCAGCCCUACUUUACCCAGGAUGAGAAGACCUUUGCCACCUUCUGGAUUGGCCUCUGGUCCAUCCUCUGCUUCCUUUCCACCUCCACCACCGUGGCCACCUUCCUCAUCGAUAUGGAGCGCUUCAAGUACCCCGAGCGCCCCAUCAUCUUCCUCUCUGCUUGCUACCUCUUUGUCUCUGUGGGCUACAUCGUACGGCUGGUGGCAGGGCAUGCCAAUGUGGCUUGCAACCCGGAGCACCACCACAUCCACUAUGAGACCACAGGCCCUGCCCUCUGCACCGUGGUUUUCCUUCUCCUCUACUUCUUUGGCAUGGCCAGCUCCAUCUGGUGGGUUAUCUUGUCCCUCACCUGGUUCCUGGCAGCUGGCAUGAAGUGGGGCAAUGAGGCCAUUGCUAGCUAUUCGCAGUACUUCCACCUGGCUGCCUGGCUCAUCCCCAGCGCCAAAUCCAUCGCUGUACUGGCACUCAGCUCUGUGGAUGGCGACCCAGUGGCUGGGGUUUGCUAUGUGGGCAAUCAGAGCCUGGAGAACCUGCGGGGCUUUGUGCUGGCACCACUGGUGGUUUAUCUCUUCACCGGCAGCCUCUUCCUGCUGGCUGGCUUCGUCUCACUCUUUCGCAUCCGCAGCGUGAUCAAGCAGGGCGGCACCAAGACUGACAAGCUGGAAAAGCUGAUGAUCCGCAUCGGCAUCUUCACUGUGCUCUACACCGUUCCUGCCACCAUCGUCAUCGCCUGCUAUAUCUACGAGCAGCACAAUCGGGAGGCGUGGGAGCGGGCGCAGAACUGCUCCUGCCCAGGAGACCCCCACCGCCCCAAGCCCGACUAUGCCGUCUUUAUGCUCAAGUACUUCAUGUGCCUUGUGGUGGGCAUUACCUCCGGCGUCUGGAUCUGGUCUGGCAAGACGCUCGAGUCCUGGAGGCGCUUCAAAGCCCACUGCUGCCGGGCCAGGAAGCCUGCGGGCGCCUCAGUGUACAGCGAGGCCCGCCCGGCACUGGUAGGCAGGACGGUGCUGCCCAGCAUGGCCUCCUACCACAAGCAGGUCCCGCUGUCCCAUGUGUGA